UUUAAUUUGAUGAUAUAGAAUAUGUACAAAUAACUAAAUAACUAAAGAAACAAAUCUAAUAUAUUUAAAUAUUUUGAGAAUAUUUAUUUUUCCCGUGAUUUGACUAUCAAAUUUGUGUUACAUAUUUAUUUUAAAUAGAUAAAAUGGAUUUAACUCCUGUUUUCAAAGCUAGUAUCAUGGCAGUGAAAAUGAGGAAAAAAAAUUUACCUAAGCCAGAUAAAAAUAGAAUAUUGCAACCAAAAUUGAGAGAUGAAUUUUCGAAGCAAGCAAAAGAAGUGUGUCAGAAUAUUACGGCUUUACGGGAUCUUUUAAUUGAAAAUCGUGCCGCUUAUAUGAGAUUUGCAUCUCAUUUGAAGAGUUCUGCACAUAUGACAGACGAAGAGCGAGAUUUGAUAGAUAGAGAAUCAGAAAAACUGUUUAAUUACUAUACACAAUAUUUGGGUCAACUGCGUUCUGAUUGGAAAAAGGGAAAAACAAAAAACCAUCACCAAUUAGAGCACAUAGAAUCUGUGAUAGAUUUAUUAUCUAGUUAUUUAAAAGCUGUACAUAAUUUACAUCUAAGUCAAAAGAAGUAUAGAAUGCAGUAUGAAUUAGAUACAUACAAAUUUUUAAAAUUGGCUGCCGAUAAAAAAAAAAUCCCUUUUAAACCAGGGAGUAGAAAGAUUGUGAACGGAAAAUUGAAUAAGCUUGAAGAUUCGUUAAAUUCUAGUUCUGAUCUUAGUGAUUACGAUGAUGCAGAAGAAUUAAAUAAAACUGUUCAAUCAAAUACAGAACAAAAAACUAUCAAUUCACCCCAAAAAGUUGCCUUGGAUGAAGCUAUGAAUGAAUCGACGUAUGAUGAUAAUGUUAGUGAAUUGAGUCCAGAAGAUGUUCAAAUGUAUGAAUCGGAAAAUGUGCAAUUAUAUAAUGAAUUGCAAGGACUAGCUGAAGAAGUUGAACAAAUUGAGAAAAAUGUAGUUGAUAUUGCUAGACUUCAAGAAAUAUUUACAGAAAAGAUUGUUCUUCAAAAACAUGAUAUAGAAAGAAUAGCAAAUGCUGUGGUUGGGGCAACGGAAAAUGUGAAAGAUGCUAAUGAACAAAUUAAACAAGCAAUUCAAAGAAAUGCGGGGUUGAGAGUUUGGACUUUAUUUUUUCUUCUAGUAAUUUCGUUCACACUGUUAUUUUUAGAUUGGUAUAAUGACUAAAUAUAUUUUGUGUAAAUUCUUGUUUUUAUCGAGUAUAAAUUAAUAGGUUUGAAUAAAUUAAUGAUAUAUAAUGUGAA